AGCUAGUGCUUUUAGAGGGUAUCCAGACUAGAUAUAAGUUAGGAGGACCACAGUGAUAAAAUGUUCCGGUUGCAAGCUCGACUGUCUUCCCUGUGCCAGUCUGCCAGAACACAGCUACCAGACGUUGCCAGGGGACACAAUCAUUAUGGCUUCAAACUACCCCCGGGGAUCGCUUGCAGCUCUACACAAGCUCAGUCCCAAACCAAACCUGAUGAAAAAAUUCGAAAACUCAUGGUGGCCAACAGAGGUGAAAUUGCCAUAAGAGUAUUCAGAGCAUGUACAGAAAUGAAUAUAACUACUGUGGCAAUCUACUCUGAACAAGACAUGAUGCACAUGCAUCGUCAGAAGGCAGACGAAUCAUACCUCAUUGGGAAAGGUUUACCUCCAGUAGCUGCUUAUCUGAAUAUUCCGGAAAUCAUUCAUGUUGCGAAGGAAAAUGGUGUGGAUGCCAUACACCCUGGUUAUGGGUUUCUCUCUGAGAGAGAUGACUUUGCUCAGCAGGUGAUAGAUGCAGGGAUAAAAUUCAUUGGUCCCUCUCCUGAGGUUGUGAGAAAAAUGGGAGACAAAGUGGAAGCAAGACAAGCAGCCAUUGCAGCAGGUGUGCAGGUCGUGCCAGGUACUGAUGGUCCUGUCAGCAGUAUCGAGGAAGCGAGAUAUUUCUGUGAGCAGUAUGGACUGCCAGUCAUAUUUAAAGCAGCAUACGGAGGAGGAGGAAGAGGCAUGAGGAUUGUUAGGUCUAUGGAGGAGGUAGAUGAAAAUUUCAGAAGAGCUACAUCAGAGGCAGAGGCAGCAUUUGGAAAUGGUGCCCUUUUCCUGGAGAAGUUCAUAGAAAGACCUAGGCAUAUAGAAGUACAGAUUCUGGGUGACAGAGGUGGAAAUGUGGUGCAUCUUUAUGAAAGGGACUGCUCAGUACAGAGGCGCCACCAAAAAGUGGUGGAGAUUGCCCCUGCCCCCAAACUGCCACUUGACAUUAGGGACAAAAUGACUGCAGAUGCCGUCAAACUAGCGCAGUGUGUGGGCUAUGAAAAUGCAGGGACUGUGGAAUUCCUUCUGGACCCAUCAGGACAAUACUACUUCAUAGAGGUUAAUGCUCGUCUACAAGUGGAACACACUGUCACAGAGGAGGUUACUGGGAUAGAUCUGGUACAGAGUCAGAUUAAGAUAGCAGAGGGAAGGCUGCUACCUGAGAUGGGACUCAGUCAGGAAGAUAUAGAAUUACAUGGCUGUGCCAUCCAGUGUAGAAUGACCACUGAGGACCCAGCCCGAGGCUUCCAGCCGGACACUGGUCGAAUCGAGGUGUUCAGAAGCGGGGAAGGUAUGGGAAUCAGAUUGGACAGUGCCCUAGGAUUUGCAGGGGCCAUCAUCUCACCUUACUAUGAUUCUUUGCUGGUCAAGGUCAUUGCUAAGGCCAGAGACCACCCAUCUGCUGCUGCUAAGAUGUUGAGGACACUCAAGGAGUUUAGAAUCAGAGGGGUCAAGACCAACAUUCCGUUUCUAUUGAAUGUCCUCCAACACGAGCAGUUCCUGUCAGGAGUGGUGGACACAUACUUCAUCGACGAGAACCCCCAGCUAUUUAAAUUCUUCCCCACCCAGAACAGGGCCCAGAAGCUGCUGUAUUAUCUGGCUCAGGUCAUGGUCAAUGGCCCUCAGACACCCCUAGCCACUGACCUUCAGCCUUCAGAGGUCGAACCAACUGUUCCACAGUUACCCUAUGUCCCUGCUCCACCCAAAGGCUGGAGGGACAUUCUGGUUAAGGAAGGACCAGAGGCUUUUGCCAAGAAAGUCCGAGAGCACAAAGGACUGCUUUUGAUGGAUACAACCUUCAGGGAUGCUCACCAGUCACUUCUAGCAACCAGGGUCAGGACCUUUGACCUGAAGAGAAUCUCACCUUUUGUAACUCAGAGGUUUAACAAUCUCUACAGCUUAGAAAACUGGGGAGGUGCAACUUUUGAUGUGGCCAUGAGGUUCCUACACGAGUGCCCCUGGGAGAGACUUGAGGAACUCAGAAAGCUGAUCCCAAAUGUUCCAUUCCAAAUGUUACUAAGGGGAGCUAAUGCUGUAGGUUACACUAAUUACCCAGACAAUGUCGUCUACAAGUUCUGUGACAUGGCAGUUAAGAGUGGGAUGGAUAUUUUCCGAAUAUUUGAUUCCUUGAACUACCUCCCAAAUAUCAUUGUAGGAAUGGAUGCAGUCGGAAAAGCAGGUGGGGUGAUUGAGGCGGCAAUCUCAUACACUGGUGAUGUGUCUGAUCCCAGUAAAACCAAAUACAACCUGGAUUAUUAUGUGGAUCUGUCCACAGAGCUGGUGAAAGCUGGCACCCAUAUACUUAGUAUUAAGGAUAUGGCAGGUGUGCUUAAACCCAAGGCAGCUAAGAUGUUAGUAGGUGCCCUGAGGGACAAAUUCCCUGACAUUCCCAUCCAUGUUCACACUCAUGACACCGCCUGUGCUGGUGUGGCGUCCAUGUUGGCCGCAGCAGAAGCGGGGGCAGAUGUGGUGGAUGUAGCUGUGGAUUCUAUGUCUGGUCUGACUUCACAGCCCAGUAUGGGAGCAGUGGUGGCAGCAUUGGAGGGAACAAACCUAGAAACAGGUAUCCAACUGUCUGAUGUGUCCGAUUACUCAGCUUACUGGGAACAGACUAGAAAUCUAUAUGCCCCUUUUGAAUGCUGCAAGACACUGAAAAGUGGAAACUCAGAUGUCUAUAUCAAUGAAAUUCCAGGUGGUCAGUACACAAACUUACAGUUUCAGGCCUUCAGCCUCGGUCUGGCUGACCAGUUUGAGGAAGUGAAAAAAAAGUAUGCAGAAGCCAAUCAGCUGCUUGGGAAUAUUCCAAAGGUGACCCCGUCCUCCAAAGUGGUCGGUGAUAUGGCCCAGUUCAUGGUACAGAACAAACUGACCAAGGAGAUGGUGGAGGACCGAGCAGAAGAGUUAUCUUUCCCUGCCUCUGUUAUUGAGUACUUCCAGGGAUAUCUGGGUGUUCCACCAGGGGGCUAUCCUGAACCACUCAGAACCAAGAUCCUAAAGGGACAGCCUAGCCUUGAAGGUCGUCCUGGGGAAGCUCUUCCUCCUGUAGAUUUUGAUAAACUGAGGGACGACCUGAGGGAGAAGCAUGGCCGUGAUGUGAAGGAGCAUGAUGUCAUCAGUGCUGCCCUCUAUCCCAAGGUCACCGAUGAGUUCCUGGAGUUUCGUGAUAAAUAUGGCCCUGUGGAUACCCUCGGAACAAGGAUAUUCUUUGUGGGACCUAAAGUUGCCCAAGAAAUGGAGGUACAAAUAGAGAGGGGAAAGACACUGUCCAUUAAAACAUUAGCAUGUGGAGACCUGAAUAAGAAUGGAGAGAGGGAGAUGUUCUUUGAAUUGAAUGGACAGCUGAGAUCAGUGAAGGUCAAAGAUGAAGAGGCAGCCAAGGAGCUGCAUUUCCACCCUAAGGCUCUGAAAGGUGUGAGGGGGUCAGUGGGGGCCCCAAUGCCAGGAGAAGUUGUGGAUAUUAAGGUCAAAGAGGGUGACAAGGUCGAGAAAGGUCAACCCGUCCUGGUGCUGAGCGCCAUGAAAAUGGAAAUGGUUGUCACGGCACCGGCUUCGGGAACCGUGAAGUCUAUCGCUGUGGAGAAGAAGAUGAAGUUAGAGGGUGAUGAUUUACUUAUGGACAUUGAGUGUGAUUAAGUAAGAAAGAAAAAAUCUACCAAGAUGGCAGGCCACCUUAAGAGAAUAUUUUAGAGUAGCUUUAGAUAAAUGCCAUUCAGAAUGUUAACAUUCAUUGUUGUUGAUGUUUCAAAAUGAGAUUAAAUUACUCUUGUUAAGAAACAUUGUGCGAAAAUGAUUUAUACAUUUGCAUUACUGGUGUAAAAAUGGUGAUAUGUAUUAGAUUUUAAAAAUAUCAAAACAUAUCUUAUAGAAAUAAUCUCUGCUGUGACGUCUUAACUAAAUGUUUUAUCUAUUUAUGUGGAGAAAAGUGCUACAUGAUCUAGUAUGUUAAAUCAUUUUGGUAUCUGAUAGUUAUACAUAUAUAAUAAAGUGCUGCAUGAUGCUAGGUGCAAUCAUUUUCUUAUCUGGUUGUUUUACAUAUAUAGUAAGCUAGCCUUCUUUUGUUUGACUUAUUAGAAUUUUUUUUUCAUAUUUUAUAGAGAAACAGGGUCAAGAUCUUGCAUAGGCAUUCUUACAUUUUGAAUAGAGAAAGGGCAUGAAUACAUGUACAUACAUGUAUGUGCUGCAUCUUAAAAUUUUUGGAUAAAUUAUGUUAAUUGAUCAUUUCUAAUAUGUAUAAUCUUAUAUGCAGGUUAGAUAUGGUGUUGAUGUAUGAAUGAUAGUUGAUAAAAGCCUGGCCAAUUUUUGAGUGGAUAUUUUUUUUUUUAUUUUGAAAGUAGACAAUUAUUAUUUGUGUCUUUACAGACAUUUUGUGAAAAAUGAUUGAACAUUAAGUAUGUUUUAUUUCUUAACCUUUGCAUUGUAUGAAGUUCUACUUUUCUUAUCAAUUAUUUUAUUUUUUUUUACUUCUUUGAGCAUAAUAAUGUAAUCAAUGUUUUAGUGCUUAUUUGAUAAUUUCACUCAUGUAUAAACAUGAAGAUGAAAAUUUAGGACUUUGCAUAAUUUACUGUAUACAUGUAUGUGUAUAAAUGUAUAACUUCAUCUGUUCUUCAUUUUUCUUCAAACACUUCUCUGAGGGUAAGAAUUAAAUGAAAACUUGUUGUUCUUUUUUUUUUCUUUUUAAUUUUAGGUACAUGUAUUACAUGUACCAGCCAGGUCUUUCAAGAUUAUCAAAGUAUCUGUUAAAACAGUACACAAAAUGUUGCUGACAUUCCAAGUAAAUUUUAUCAUUAUAAAUUUCAAAAGAACAAUGUAUAUCUGAUUACAAAAAAAAAAAAAAAAAACAGCUGGUCUUAUUUUGAUGGAAUAGUUUUUUUAAAAAAUCAAACAUGCUUAGAUCAGAGUAAAUUAAUUUUUGAGAGGACAAUGUGGAAGUUGAAAAAAAAAUUUAAGUGGACAUUUGUUUUUGUUUUUUGUUUUUUGUUUUUUUUUUUGUAAAGUGUAUUUAUAUAGAGUGUUAAGGAUAGGGCAUAUGAAAAUGAAAUGUGUUCGGCACUUAGAAAUUAAGCUGUAAUCAUAAUCAAAGAUCUCUGGUCAGAUAGUAAAUGUUUAUUUGACUUCAGAAAGUUUAUAACAUAUAUAAAUGCUUUGUAUGUAUAUUGAAUUUGUAUGCAAGAUUUUAUUUGAGUAAAUAAUUAAUUUAUAGGUGUUUAAUUAACAUGGGCAUUAUAAAGAAAAAAUAAUUUCUAGUGAUUUUUUGUAAGGUUCUGUUUAGGAGCAUUCAUUUUUUUUUUAAUACAUAACAUUCGUAGAAUUGCAGUGGUUAAUUAUAAAAAGUAAAGAAAUCUCAUUUCUCUGCAUGUAAAUGUUGAAGUAGAACUUCAAUAAAAUCUGCUUUAUUA